AAAUGCGAUGAAGAGCUAACCUGCGUAAGGUGAGGCGUGGAGGAACGAGGCGUCAUGUGUUUGACGCAAAAUACGAAUCGUACUACGGCGAAGGACAUCUCAUGAAUAUUAAAUUAGCAAUACUGACGUUCGCCGACAAACGUCCAAUGUCGACGGAUGAGCUCGUGAAUAUGAAUUAGGAAACGUAGCGUUGCGUUUUUAACUCCUGAAUAUGGAAACACCCUCGCCAUAGUACGAUUAGUAACAACGCGCCUCGAUAUCGUCUCCGUCACAUCAGCUCCGCAAUACAGGCAGGAGACGAACAGGAAAUUAUUACUCUAAUACAGCUCAGAGACAAUGCUUCAGUGUCUGUCGGGAAGUUCGUGUAUGCGUGUCAUUGACGGUUACAAGUCUACGUGGUAUUUCUUAGUUCUGGUGCUGGCGUAUGUUUUAUAUCUUAUCUUCGGGGCUUUGGUGUUUUCCGCGGUGGAGCUGCCGUAUGAAGAGCAGCUUCGACAAGAGCUUCGGACAGUGAAACAGCAAUUUCUGGAGGACAAUGAAUGUCUGUCCAAUGACAGACUGGAAGAGUUUCUGAUCAAAGCGUUAGAAGCGAGUAAUUACGGUGUGUCGGUUCUUAAUAAUGCCUCCAGUAACUGGAACUGGGAUUUCACUUCAGCGUUGUUCUUCGCCAGCACUGUGCUUUCCACGACAGGAUAUGGGCACACUGUCCCUCUAUCAGAUGGAGGUAAGGCCUUCUGCAUCAUUUACUCAGUGGUGGGAAUACCGUUCACCCUGCUGUUCCUGACGGCGGUGGUCCAGAGGAUCAUGGAGUUCAGCACUCGCAGGCCCAUAGAGUUCCUGCACCGGCGAUGGGGCACCUCCAAACCUCUGCUGGCUGCCAUGCACGCCACACUACUGGCCAUUAUAACUGUCUCCUGCUUCUUCCUCAUACCUGCCAUCAUCUUCUCUGUGCUGGAGGAGGAGUGGAACUUCCUGGAGUCCUUCUAUUUCUGCUUUAUCUCUCUUAGUACCAUUGGCUUAGGGGACUAUGUGCCAGGAGAGGGUUACCAUCAGAGGUUCCGAGAACUUUAUAAACUGGGCAUUACUUUCUACCUGAUAUUGGGCUUGAUCGCUAUGUUGGUGGUUCUGGAAACCUUCUGUGAGCUUCAGCAGCUGAAGAAGCUCAGGAAAAUGUUCUACCUGAGGAAACAAAAAACGGAGGACCAGCUAAACAUCGUAGAUCACGAUCACCUCUCUUUUGCCUCUGUGUCCGACCAGGCAGCCUCAUUCAGAGAGGAUAAGACUGAACUGUUUCCUGAUGAUAUUGUGUCCGGCUCACCUACUGCUACCUCUAAUGGAUCACUGGAGCGAUGAGUCUUCCCUUAUAUUCAUUAACUUUUCAAAAACAUUUCCAUUAAGAGCAUAAUGUAUUGUUAGUGUACUCUGCUGUCAAGUUAACUAAAAUCUACUAUAGAUAUGAAUACUUGAAA